CGAAUAUCUCUGCGCCCAAUAACUGGAUGGAGGUUUCACUCGGAUGCGCUCGUCUGAUCGGUGGAAGUGGAAUAAAAAGAGAAGAGAGGAACCGAGGAAACACAAACGAAACAAAACCGGACGCAAUCAACGGCGGAGCAGAAUGACAAGUGGAACAAGUAGUGCAACAAAAGAGACUUCUUGCUGUAAUUCGCCUCCGCGGACUGAACUAACCAGCAGCUCAACCGGCUAACGUUAGCUGCAUCCCCGGUAUAACCAACGACUCGAGCGUCCUCGCCCGCCUGCGGCCGCUGAGCGGAUCCCCGUCACGUUCUCGCCAUGGCAGCGGUGCUGAGCUACUCUCCGCCGUGGUGGGUCAACGCUCUGCACAGACUUCCCCAUUUCAACUUCAAGUUGGAGCAAACGAGCAGUGAUUUCCGACCCGAGGACUGGACCUAUCAACAGUCCAUCCUUCUGCUGGGAGGACUGGCGCUGGUCUGCCUGGCCCUGGACCUCGUGUUCCUGCUCUUCUACUCCAUUUGUCUUUGCUGCCGGCGGAGCAAAAGCGAGGAUCGGCCCAACGCCGACUGCUGCUGCACAGCGUGGUGCGUCAUCAUCGCAACACUCGUCUGCAGCGCUGGCAUUGCUGUCGGUUUCUAUGGCAACGGCGAGACUUGUGACGGAGUGAACCGGCUGACGUACUCCUUGCGCCAUGCCAACCGCACAAUCACUGGAGUGGAGAAGCUGGUGUACGACAGCACAUCCUCGUUGAACCAGACGGUGGAAACCAAUCUGCAGCAGCUGGAGGGCCAGUAUGCGCAGCACGCGGACUACCUGUCCAUCAUCCAAAAGCUGCAGGCCCAGCUGGACGAGCUGGUCAGACAGAUGGUGGAGGUCCCCUUCUGGGAAAGAGCCGACAUCUCCCUGGAGGAGCUGGCCGGCACCAUCGAGCUGUACGACUGGUACAGGUGGCUGGGCUACGUAGGCCUGCUCCUCUUCGACGUCCUCAUCUGCCUCCUGGUGCUGUUCGGCCUCAUACGCAACUCCAAGGCAACGCUCGUAGGGGUGUGCGUGUUUGGCGUGGUCGCUCUGGUGAUCAGCUGGGUCUCCCUGGGGCUGGAGUUCGCCGCGUCAGCGACCGCCAGUGACUUCUGUGUUUCUCCUGACACGUAUGUCACCGAGAUGGCCGAUCGGUACGCCGUCAUUGAUCAAGAGAUCCUGCAGCACUACCUCAGCUGCAGUUUGGAUCGAACAAACCCCUUCCAGCAGAAACUCUCCGGGAGCCACAAAGCGCUGGUGGAGAUGCAGGACGACGUGUCGGAGCUCCUGCGCUCCGCCACCAGAGAGUACAAACAAACUCAGGGAAGUUUAGAAGAGAUCCAGGGGAUACUGAACACCACAGAGAUCAGCCUUCAUCAGCUCACCGCGCUGGUGGACUGUCGCAGCCUGCACAUGGACUUCGUCCAGGCCGUGACGGGGCUGUGUUACGACGGACUGGAGGGCCUCAUCUACCUCGUGCUCUUCUCCUUCAUCACUGCCCUCAUGUUCAGCUCCAUUGUUUGCGCCGUGCCUCACACCUGGCAGAGGAAGAGGAACGAGGAGGACAGCGAGGACGAGUCUCUGAGCCACGGGGGGAGACAAAACCACGACAACCUCUACCGGGUCCACAUGCCGAGCCUGUACAGCUGCGGCAGCAGCUACGGCAGCGAGACCUCCAUCCCCGCCGCCGCCCACACCGUCAGCAACGCACCCGUCACCGAGUACUUGGCUCAGAACGCCAACUUUCAGAACUCUCGCUGUGAGAACACGCCUCUGAUUGGACGAGAGUCUCCUCCGCCCUCGUACACCUCCAGCAUGCGAGUGAAGUACCUGGCCAACAGCCGGCCGGAUCCCAACCGCCCCCCUGCAGCCCAGCCCGGCCCCGCGGACCCCUCCCCCCUCACUUAAAAUCCCCCCCCCAAAAACAAAUGUGUGUGUUUUUGUUGUUGUUUUCUCUGCUGGUUGCCCGAAGCAGAACGUGAUGAAUCUCACGCUCCGCAGUGCUCCUCCCUCUCUUUUUCCCCCCCACAAUCCUCGGCUGGGUUUUACUAUUCCUCUAUUCCGGAGCCCGAACCGACCGUUUACACUCAGCUGGUCGUUUCUUUGCGCUCGAACGCACCGUGACACGUGGCCCCCGGGUUGUAGGUUUUCUUUUGUACUGUACUGUGAGAAACGGCUUGCACGCCAACGUGGGAGGAGCCAAGCGUUCUCCCACCUGAAGCGCGGACGCCGUUUCUCACACGACGCGCUCAGCGUAGGUUACACUCGUUUCACAGUCUGCUUGUGGAAUUCAAAAUGCAGGUUUCGCCAGUUAUUGUCUAUAUACUGUAUAAUACUGUAUAUCUCUCUCACACACACACACACACACGUGACGUCUGGGACCACUUUUCCUGCAGUAUUGCACGUCUUGCAGGUAUAAAAACCCUUUUUCUUGGUACACAUUUUUAUUUUUAAUCUUUUCACAUUGUCGAGCCACUAUUCCACAGCAGGAGACUGAAGCUGUGAACUUUAUGGUGGCGCAAGCUCUCUGAGGACAGAAAACAGCUGCACGACGGACAUGCAGCUGUUUGGGGAGAAGAGUCUCCGCAGGAUGACGACGUUCAUCCCAGGAAAAGACGAGAAGUUUUUAUACCACUGGAAGAACUGUUUCGAACUGUUUUGAAGACGACGGUGGACGGCGGAGUCGACGUCUUCUGCAACAUUCUUGCAGACUUUUUCGAUGAUUCUUUGCCUCUUCGCCAGACUACUUGUUAUUCUCUGCGUGUUCCCGUUGAGUUGAAAAGCCUCAUCUCCCUGAACAGAACCGGGCAUUGUCCACACACACACACACAGACACACACACAGCAGCUUAAGAGUCACAAACACGUCUUACAGAAUCCGACUGCAGGUGUCUGCAUAUGGAGAGAAACGCAGAGUCUCACAAAUGUGUUUUAGCAUUUCUAAUCGAGUGGACGAGGGUGAGCGGGUGCUGUGAGGGAUUGUGAUAACUCGGCUCUCUAUAAUCUGACGAUGCUUCGAAGGAGAUGUUCCUACUCCUGCUUGCUUCUCGUAGAUGUGCGUUGUGACCAGUACAAGUGGUUUUUUGGGAACGUGCCAACAAGUGAAGCACAACUCUUCUGCUCUCUGAAGCUGUUUUUAAAUGUCUUAACUUGAGGCCACUUUGUAGAGUUGGCAGCUCGCGGUUGCCCGUGUGAUGGGAGGAUGAGCCUGACUUUUUUUCAAAUCAAUUAUGCUCUUUAAAACAUUAUUACACUCAUGCAAUCGUUGUGUUUCUGGCUAGUUGUCAUAUUCUCUUUGUUGUUUGUAACGCAAGACGCCUGUACAGAUUUUAAACGUUCACAAAUGAAGAAGAAAAACAGUGGCGGAAAUUGAAAUUUCAUUUUCUAUUUCUUAAGAAGCUUAUUCAACUCCUUUUUUUUUAGUUUUUUAUUAUUUCAUUUUAGAAUUUCUAGCAAGCACAAUGUGUUGCUUCAUUAAUGUGAAUAUGGUAAAGUUUUUUUUUCCUGGAAAUUAAAAUCACUAGAUGUUACUUUGUUUUUUAUUUCAUGCAUCAUUUUCGCAAUCUCUGAAAUGUGUUCAUGUAAAUCCUGUGGUUAUAUUGGGCUUGAAUGCUGUGUUUUAAAAUUAAACAAAACUUAACUGUA